GAAUAUAAGCAAGAGUGAGAUAGCGAAAGAAACGUCAUUAAAACCAUCCCGCAGAUCCCUGCCUUGCCUCGCCCAGAGCUUUGCGUACUCCAAGAGCUUGAGCCAAUCUACCUCACUCUUCCGGUCAACUGAGAGCGAAGCUCAGGCUCCCACUUCUGUGACCUCAGUCUCUGCUGACAAAGCAGAGCAAGUUAACACUGAGGAGGAUAAGAAAGACUCUGUGCUCAAAUGUUCUUUUGCUGACUUCAGUGAUUUUUGCUUAGCCCUAGGAAAAGAUAAAGAUUACAUGGAUGAAUCAGAACAUGCUAAUUAUGAUCGAUCUCGGCUCAUUAAAGACUUUGUUCCCAAAGAUAAUUCUGAAUCCAAGACAAGAUUGUCUAAGAAUGACAUGAAUUACAUAGCAUCCAGUGGACUUCUGUUCAAAGAUGGCAAAAAGCGGAUUGAUUACAUCCUGGUUUAUAGAAAGUCAAAUAUACAAUAUGACAAAAGAAACACAUUUGAAAAGAACCUCAGAGCAGAAGGCUUGAUGUUGGAGAAGGAGCCAGCUGUUGCAAACCCUGAUAUCAUGUUUAUUAAAAUUCACAUUCCAUGGGACACACUGUGCAAGUAUGCAGAGAGGCUAAGUAUCAGGAUGCCCUUCAGGAAAAAGUCUUAUUACACUGACCGGAGGAGCAAAUCAAUGGGCAGGGUGCAAAGUUAUUUUAGAAGAAUCAAAAAAUGGAUGUCCCAAAACCCAAUGGUUCUCGACAAGUCAGCUUUUCCAGACCUGGAGGACUCAGACUGCUAUACUGGCCCCUUCAGCCGUGCACGGAUUCACCACUUCAUAAUAAACAAUAAGGACACCUUCUUCAGCAAUGCUACUCGAAGCAGGAUAGUCUAUCACAUGUUGCAGCACACCAAAUAUGAAAAUGGGAUAUCAAAAGUGGGUAUCUGCAAACUUAUAAACAAUGGUUCAUAUAUAGCAGCUUUCCCCCCACAUGAGGGAGCCUACAAGAGUAGCCAGCCCAUCAAAACCCAUGGACCUCAGAAUAACAGACAUCUAUUAUAUGAGCGCUGGGCACGCUGGGGCAUGUGGUACAAGCAUCAGCCCCUGGAUUUAAUCAGGCUGUACUUUGGUGAGAAGAUUGGGCUCUACUUUGCUUGGCUGGGUUGGUACACUGGGAUGCUCAUUCCUGCAGCACUUGUCGGCUUGUGUGUUUUCUUCUAUGGAAUAUUAACAAUGAAUGCAAGUCAAGUAAGCCAAGAAAUUUGCAAGGCCACUGAAGUCUUCAUGUGCCCUCUCUGUGACAAGAACUGCUCACUGCAAAGACUCAACGAGAGCUGUAUCUACGCCAAGGUGACAUAUUUGUUUGAUAAUGGAGGGACAGUCUUCUUUGCUAUUUUUAUGGCAAUAUGGGCCACAGUCUUCCUGGAGUUUUGGAAAAGGAGAAGAAGUACACUGACCUAUACUUGGGACCUUAUUGAAUGGGAAGAAGAGGAGGAGACACUUCGUCCCCAGUUUGAAGCAAAGUAUUACAAGAUGGAGAGAGUGAACCCCAUCAGUGGGAAACCUGAGCCACAUCAGCCUUCCUCAGACAAAGUCACACGCCUUCUUGUUUCUAUCUCAGGAAUAUUCUUCAUGAUUUCUUUGGUCAUCACUGCAGUGUUUGCAGUCGUGGUGUAUCGCCUGGUUGUCAUGGAACAGUUUGCAUCAUUCAAGUGGAAUUUCAUCAAACAACACUGGCAGUUUGCAACAUCUGCUGCUGCUGUCUGUAUCAAUUUUGUAAUCAUUAUGGCGCUGAAUCUUGCUUAUGAAAAAAUUGCUUACCUUCUCACUAAUUUAGAAUAUCCUCGAACGGAAUCUGAAUGGGAAAACAGCUUUGCUCUGAAGAUGUUCCUCUUCCAGUUUGUCAAUUUAAACAGUUCUAUCUUCUAUAUCGCUUUCUUUCUGGGGAGAUUUGUAGGCCACCCAGGAAAUUACAAUAAACUUUUUAACCGGUGGAGACUGGAGGAAUGUCACCCUAGUGGCUGUUUGAUAGACCUCUGCCUCCAGAUGGGAGUGAUCAUGUUUUUGAAGCAAAUAUGGAACAACUUCAUGGAACUGGGAUACCCGUUGAUCCAGAACUGGUGGUCACGACAUAAAAUCAAGCGAGGAAUACAAGAUGCUUCUAUACCUCAGUGGGAAAAUGAUUGGAAUCUGCAGCCCAUGAAUAUUCACGGACUUAUGGAUGAGUACUUAGAAAUGGUGUUGCAGUUUGGUUUUACCACCAUCUUUGUUGCGGCUUUCCCUCUGGCGCCUCUUUUGGCUUUGUUAAACAAUAUCAUUGAAAUCAGACUGGAUGCAUACAAAUUUGUCACCCAGUGGCGGAGACCUCUGCCAGCCCGAGCAACUGACAUAGGUAUCUGGUAUGGAAUUCUUGAAGGAAUUGGUAUACUGGCUGUGAUCACCAAUGCGUUUGUAAUUGCUAUUACGUCUGAUUACAUCCCACGUUUUGUCUAUGAAUACAAAUAUGGCCCCUGUGCGAGUCAUUUUGAAUAUGGUGAAAACUGUUUGAAGGGAUAUGUCAACAACAGCCUAUCCUUCUUUGACCUGAGUGAGCUUGGUAUGGGAAAAUCUGGUUAUUGCAGGUACCGAGACUACAGAGGUCCCCCUUGGAGUUCCAAACCAUAUGAGUUCACCUUACAGUACUGGCACAUCCUCGCUGCUCGACUGGCCUUCAUUAUCGUGUUUGAGCACCUUGUUUUCGGGAUCAAGUCAUUCAUCGCUUACCUGAUUCCAGAUGUACCAAAGAACCUGUAUGACCGAAUACGACGGGAGAAGUACCUCGUCCAAGAAAUGAUGUAUGAGGCUGAACUAGAACAUUUGCAACAACAGCGGAGAAAAAGUGGCCAUCCUGUUCACCAUGAAUGGCCUUAGUGGAUACCUGCUGCCCAGCAGGGGCAAUACCACGAGUGGGAAUGAUGGCAACUUCAAAUUCUAGGUGGGAUCUAGGAGGAAGGCAUACCUGGCAAACUAUGUGUGUAAUAUGCUACUUGGAAAUGCAUCACAGUCAUCUCUGGGGUUUAGAAUAUCCAGGCUCAUAGGGAAGACAGAGAUGACUCAUGACCUUAACAAAUGGUUAGAUUGACAUUACAGGAAGCCAGGAUCACAUCCUCAUAGCCAGCCUCAGGGAAUUGUGUCGUUAGAGACCUCCACCUUCCAUCAGCUGCAGUAUAAUAGGAAGGGUGAUGGGGAGGUUUCUGGAGACAGAUUUCCAUGUAAAUGUUCACAAGCCAGGCAUGACUUGAUGUAUUAUGUGGUUUUAACUCACGCAGUAAUCUGACUUUGGAAUCUUGGGUUGAGAUGAGAUACUUACAAGAAAUAACUUAAAUCAGUGAUUGCCUUUGCUGCCAGAACUCCAUGUCCCUUCAGCUUCCAGUUUUUUAGGAAUUUCCCUUGUUUCUCGCUGAGAUUAUGGAUCUGUGCCACAGGGAAUUUAUGCUGCUUAACAAUGACUAUGCAGUUGAAGAGUUGCACAUCACAUUCCGUAGUUGAACCAAACAUCUA